AUGAUACAAUCUGUUCUUGUGGUAACUGGGGCUGGGGGGAUGGGAGUAGCUAGUGCGAGGAGGAUGGGAAGCGGUCGGCUGGUGAUUCUUGCCGACUAUUCCGACAAGGCCUUGGAGGUUGGUGUCGCUCAGCUCAAGAGCGAAGGUUUUACCGUCGAAAGCCACAAGCUGAAUGUGGCCGACUACGACUCCGUCAAGAAACUAGCAGAGCACGCUGCCGCGGCUGGGAGAGUUGAUGCAAUCGUCCAUACUGCUGGCGUCUCACCUGCAAGUUCAACCAAGCAUCUAAUAUUCGAUAUCAAUCUCGUCGGGACCGCCAACGUCAUCGACGCGUUUCUGCCCAUUGUCACCGUUGGCAGCAGCGUUGUGUGCAUAGCAAGCUCUGCUGGUCAUGGGUACAAGUAUUCCGACUCCUUGGAGCAGCACCUCGCAACGGCGGAGCGCACAAAGCUACUUCAACAUCCUGAAGUCACCAGUGAUACAGAACUAUCAGCUUAUUCAUUGGCGAAACGAGGAAACAUUUUGCGCGUUCAGACUGCAUCUCGAGAGUAUGGAAAGAAAGGUGCUCGAAUAAACUCAAUCAGUCCCGGAGUGAUCUACACGCCCAUGAGUAUAUCCGAACUUGAGGGCCCAUCAGGCGACUACAUCAGGGACAUUAUCGCAGCUGGUGCGAUCAACCGCCUGGGGACAAGCCAAGAAAUUGCAGCAGCGGCCGCCUUUCUAUGCAGCGCCGAUGCGUCCUUCAUCACCGGUAUCGAUCUUCUCGUCGACGGCGGGCUGGUUGCCGGGAGACGCUGGGUGUUUCCAGGUGGGACAUAG